AGUGCUUUGGGUGAAGUUUCACCUUCAGCCUGCAGGGGGCAGUCACUUCUCUCGGCCGACAUAGAAUUCAACGACGAAGAAGAAACACUUUACUCAAGGAAACUCGAUGGCAGCGGUUCAGAGAAGUUACCUGUCUGCCACUCUGAGGCAAAAAGGACUUAUUCACCUCUGAUCUUAUCUCUUAACUGUUAACAAACUCCGUCCAAAUGGAUGAAGAAAAUUCCAUAGAGUCAAUGGACUCUUCCCCUGGGGAUGCAGUGUCUGGCAGAGACGACGGGGAGUUUGAUGAGGAUGAAGAAAUUUACGACUAUGAGAGAAGACCAUCUCUUGAUCUAGAAGAGACCCCCAUGGAAACCUUCAUCCAGUACCAUGUGGACCCGGUGUUACCUCCAGCUCUGAGCUACACAUCUCUGAAUAGUCAAGGGGAAUCUGAAAUGAAUGGAGAAGAUGAGUCCAUUACAGAGGUGAAACUUGACAGAACCGGUUCGUUCUCCAGCUGCUACUCUUAUGACAGCGAUGAUUGUGAAAAGAAAAUAAACAAGUCUAGAAGCAAAGACGACACUUCAGAGAGCGCUGAAACAGACGAGCUAAUCCUGGACGAGAACGAGUUCAAGCAUCAGGCUUUGACAGUGCCUUUCACUUUCAGGGCUAUAUCUGACACCGUUGGGAAACUUUCAGACCAUGACAAGUAUUUUUUCGGGAGGGAGCUCUGGCUUCAUUUCCCACAAAAGUUCAGCGUGGACAUGGAUUUGGUGGACGUCGUGGACAAGCUGCUUGAGUGCUUCAACCUUGAAAAGUCUCUGCAGAUUGUUAAAGCCGUUCUCGUUAAAAUCGAGAGGAACAAGUUGGUCCAGUUUCUGAAGGCUAGAUGCAUGAGAAAUGAAGUCCGCUAUGAGCUGAAGAAGUUUCUGAGGGAAAAAUACUCUGAUCUCUUUAAGACAUGCAGUGAUGACGAGAAACCGUCUUUUAGCGAAGCCUUCACAGAUCUUUACAUAUCGUCCAACAGACACAACGGCCCGAACAUCGAGCACGAGGUUCUAAACAUCCCCAAGCUGAACACCAUCGAUGAACCAGACGCACCCGUUCCCCUUAGAGACUUGUUGAACCCGGACAAGCUGAGUGAUAUUCGGUCAAAUGUAAUCAUGCUCUGUGGAGUGGCAGGUUCUGGGAAAUCGAUGGCCAUCAAGAAGUUGAUCUAUGAUUGGGUUGAAAAUGAUUUAGAAACUAGACUGGACUUUGUGAUUCCCAUAGCUUUCACAGAACUUAAGCAGUUCGAGGGCUCCAAAAUGUCUUUCCUGGAAGUCCUGCACAAUCUCUACCCUCCCACAGAGAGGCUCACGGAGAAGGAACUGGGAUUCUCGGACUGCAAAACGCUUUUCCUCUUCGAUGGCUUGGACGAGUAUGAGAGGUGUGACGCAUUUAAUUUCAACAGCACGGAGCUGGUGUUUAGCAGCACCCACACGGUCAGUUUACACGGGCUCGUGGUCAACGUGCUCCGGGGUAAGGUGUUGGAAAAUGGCGUUGCUUUGGUGACCACGAGGCCAAUGAUGACUUCCACCACUCCGUGGGAUAACCGUCAUCACAAGAUAGAAAUGCUCGGCUUCACUAACAACAACAGGGAAGAGUUCUUCAAGAAGAGAUUUAAAAAUGCGACUCAGGCAAAUCGUGUUAUCGAGUACGUCAAGUCUUCCAAAACAUUGCACGCCAUGUGUCACCUGCCCUUGUUCUGUUCUAUAGUGGCUGAUGAGUGCCAGGGCGUUUUCAGGGAGAAGGGAAUGCAGGCGGAGCUGCCCAGAAGCAUCACCUACAUGUACACUAAACUGCUGCUGAGUCUCAUCCGCGAGAGCCGCAAAUCCAGAGCUCCAGAUCGCAGUCCAGAUCAGGAGACGGAGUUUCUCAUCACGCAUGGAAAGGCAGCGUUGACGAUGCUGGAGGAAUGUACAUUUAAGAAAGUCAAACCUUACUUUUCAAGCGAGAAGAUUUUUAACCCGGACUCUGUGACUUACAGCGGCCUGGUCAUAGAAUACACCGUGACACCAGCUGUGCUGCUAAAUGAGCAAGCCUUCAGCUUCAUCCACCCGACUGUGCAGGAAUACCUCGUAGCUCUUUACGCAUAUCUGUCUUUUCAACAAAAUCACAACAUUUUUGAGACUAAACAGUCUUUACAAGGCAGGAUAAAGGGGCUCCUCAAGCCGCAAAAAGUCAUGGAUGUGUUCAUGUGCGCCGUGGAGAAAAGCCUGGAGUUUGAGGACGGCAGGUUCGACAUGUGUCUUCGUUUCCUGUGCGGAAUGGAGCUUAAAGCGAAUCAAGAUCUCCUCCAAAGCUUCUGCGGGUCCUCCUCAAAGACGGAAAACCACAUCCAGAGCACCGCAGCGUUCAUCAAGAAGAAAAUGAAAGAGGAUCGGCAUCAAGACAGAAUCAACAACUUGAAACGAUGCUUGGAGGAAAUGGGCGUGUCAACAUAAAACUUAUUGUUUCGAUUUAGUAAGGAUUUAAAAAAGUAAAAAUGCCUCCACGGACAUUAAGACAUAAGAGCUGUUCAAAAAUUGGUUUCAGCAAUGUUUUUUAAUGUGAUCUGGGUUGUCUUCAUGGAAAAUAGUUUUGAUCUACUGUGUGCUUGGGAUUUCUUUCUUUUAGCCUUUGUUCAUUUAGUUUGACUCCAAUCCAAACUGAGUGAAGAGAAAUCACUGCUCAGCGCACCUUUCCUGCAUACAGAACUUUUAGCUGCUAUGUGGCAGAAGUGUUUACAUGUGCAAUAACUUGAAAUAUUCCUUUAGAUUUUGCACUCUUUACAUGCCAAAAGUUAACAGCACUAAGCCUUCAGAAAAAAAUCCACCCAAUGACUUUACUGAUAAAUUCACUCUCCAGUAAGUCAAAGGGGUGCAGGUUUGAUAAAAACAGAUGCAUGCUUAUUUUAAAACACUCUGUAGGCAAAAUUGUCGUUGGGUGGAAGAUAUUGCUAUUGCCUGAAUACUAACUUUCUAGGUUUUCUGGAAGUCUGACUACAAUGGAAAGUACGAGAACGGGUACUGAAGUAUAGUUUUCCUGCAGAUGAUUUGCAUUUUUAAUGGGCUAUAAAGGAAGAAAUGGGAUGUGAGGAAACUUUAAUUUCAAUGUUUGCCUUUUCUUUUUGCUUUAUUACUUUAUGCAGUUGCUUUAUGCGUUUCCCUCAAAUAUAUACACACACUAAAGCCUACAAAUGACUAAAUCUCAGUAUGAAAGAAGAAUUUUUAAAUAAACAUAUUUGACUAA